AUGCUGAUAAGUGGAAAGGGGAAGUUUGAUGUGGUGAUUGCAAACAUAAACUCACCUGAUCUCCAUGGAUUUAAGCUUCUACAGCAGGCUGUUAACAUGGGCUUGCCCACAGUCGUGACAUCAAAUGAUGAUAACACAUACUUGGCCAUGAAGGCUCUCGAGAGUGGGGCAUUCCUUUACGUCAAGAAACCUUUAACAAUUGAGAUUUUGAAAUGUCUUUGGCAACAUGCUUUGAGAGAGAAAACAAGAAUGGUAAGAGAAAGGGAUAUAUUGAUGGCUGCAAACAACAAUAAUGGACCAAUUAAUGGAGUUGACAUUAGGAAUGUCGAAGAUCCUAAUGACUUGGAAAAAAUGGUGAUGAAUAAGAACAAAGGAAAAUUGAAGAAGAAUAGAGAGAGGGGUGGCAUUGAAGGACUCGAGCAAGAUCAUCAAAAUCUUCGUGUGACGAAUAAUAAUAAUAAUGUUAAGAGAAAAAUGUGUACCGAGUGGACUCAGGAGUUGCACGCGAAAUUCAUGGCUGCUGUGGAGGAACUCGGUGAAGGAAGAUGUUUUCCUAAGGAGAUUUUGGAGCUCAUGAAUGUGCCUGGUUUGACCAGAAUGCAAGUGGCAAGUCAUCUGCAGAAAUGUCGUAACGACAACUGGCGUUCGCCUCUCGAGCGAAAGUCUCAACAAUCCACUCAACCAGAGUCUGACGACCUGAACAGGCCCACGCACAAGCCCAGAAAAUUCGGGUCAAAGCCCGUAUUGAAGACCUGUUCGGGUCAAUCCUAUGGACCCGAACAAAGAUCAGAAAUCCAAUCUGAAAAUGAAACGCCGAGUGAUGGGACUCUUGCAACUGAAACACCACCACUAAAUGGUGCUUCCAAUUAUCAUCACUUUCACCAGCAUUACGGGCCCAUUGGGCCCGGCCCGGGCACUAUUCGGGCCGGUUCAAGCUCCGCAAAUCAUAGGCACCCGGCUGAUGAGUUCUUAAGCUUUCAAGAAGUGGAUUGUCUAAUUCAAAACUUCUCGGGCUUUUCACAUGGAACUGGGCUGCAUUACCCGAGCCCAGCCCCAGGCCCAUAUAACUUUGCCUCGACUCACCAAUAUGAGCAGGUACUUAUAAAUGCCUAA